AUGGACCGGAUGGCCAGCUCCAUGAAGCAGGUGCCCAACCCCCUGCCCAAGGUGCUGAGCCGGCGCGGAGUGGGCGCGGGGAUAGAGGCGGCCGAGCGGGAGAGCUUUGAGCGGACUCAGACUGUCAGCAUCAAUAAGGCCAUUAAUACGCAGGAAGUGGCUGUAAAGGAAAAACACGCCAGAACGUGCAUACUGGGCACCCACCAUGAGAAAGGGGCACAGACCUUUUGGUCUGUGGUCAACCGGCUGCCUCUCUCUAGCAACGCUGUCCUCUGCUGGAAGUUCUGCCACGUGUUUCACAAACUUCUCCGAGAUGGACACCCAAACGUCCUGAAGGACUCCCUGAGAUACAAAAAUGAAUUGAGUGACAUGAGCAGGAUGUGGGGCCACCUGAGCGAGGGGUACGGCCAGCUCUGCAGCAUCUACCUCAGACUGCUAAGAACGAAGAUGGAAUAUCACACCAAAAAUCCCAGGUUCCCGGGCAACCUUCAGAUGAGCGACCGGCAGCUGGAUGAGGCCGGAGAGAGCGACGUUAACAACUUUUUCCAGCUAACAGUGGAGAUGUUUGACUACCUGGAGUGUGAACUCAAUCUCUUCCAAACUGUGUUCAAUUCCCUGGACAUGUCGCGCUCGGUGUCCGUGACGACAGCCGGGCAGUGCCGCCUCGCCCCGCUGAUCCAGGUCAUCCUGGACUGCAGCCAUCUGUACGAUUACACCGUCAAGCUCCUCUUCAAACUCCACUCCUGUCUCCCAGCUGACACCCUGCAAGGCCACCGGGAUCGCUUCAUGGAGCAAUUCACCAAGUUGAAAGAUCUGUUCUACCGCUCCAGCAACCUCCAGUACUUCAAACGGCUCAUUCAGACCCCUCAGCUGCCGGAGAACCCACCCAACUUCCUGCGGGCCUCUGCGCUGUCGGAACACAUCAGCCCUGUGGUGGUCAUCCCGGCUGAGGCCUCCUCCCCAGACAGCGAGCCCGUCCUGGAGAAGGAUGACCUCGUGGACAUGGACGCCUCCCAGCAGAAUUUAUUCGACAACAAGUUUGAUGACAUCUUUGGCAGCUCGUUCAGCAGCGACCCCUUCAAUUUCAACAGUCAGAACGGCGUGAACAAGGACGAGAAGGAUCACUUAAUCGGUCAGCUGUACAGAGACGUCAGCGAGCUGAAGGCACAGCUGGAGAACGUGAAGACGGAGAGCCAGCGGGCCGUGCUGCAGCUGAAGGGCCGGGUCAGCGAGCUGGAGGCCGAGCUGGCGGAGCAGCGACACCUGCGGCAGCAGGCGGCUGACGACAGCGAGUUCCUCCGAGCCGAGCUGGACGAGCUCAAGAAGAAGCGAGAAGACACGGAGAAGGCCCAGCGGAGCCUGACGGAAAUAGAAAGGAGAGCCCAAGCCAACGAACAGCGGUACAGCAAGCUGAAGGAGAAGUACAGCGAGCUGGUACAGAACCACGCUGACCUGCUGCGGAAGAAUGCGGAGGUGACCAAACAGGUGUCCGUGGCCAGGCAAGCCCAGGCGGAUUUGGAACGAGAGAAGAAAGAGCUAGAGGAUUCCUUCCAGCGCAUCAGCGACCAGGCACAGCGGAAGACUCAAGAACAGAUGGAAGUACUAGAGAGCUUGAAGCAAGAACUUGCCACCAGCAAACAGGAACUCCACAUCGUUCAAGGCAGUCUGGAAACUUCUGCCCAGUCAGAGGCAAAGUGGGCCGCCCAGAUCGCUGAGCUGGAGAAGGAGCGGAGCAGCUUGGCGCACGCCGUGGCCCGGAGGGAGGAGGAAUUAGCAGCCCUACAGGAGCGGCUGGACCACACCCAGGGGGAACUGUCCCUCGCAAAGGAAUCAGCGGGCCAGCUCGCCAAGGACCAGCGGAGAAUGCUGCUGGCGGAGGCAAGGAAGGCUGCGGAGCAGGUGGUCCAGGAGGCCCUGCGGCAGCUGGAGGAGCCACCUCUGAUCAGCUGUGCCGGCUCUGCAGAUCACCUUCUCUCCAAGGUCAAGUCUGUUUCCAGCUGCGUCGAGCAACUGGAAGAAAGCUGGAGGCGCUAUCUGGCCUGCCCAGAAGCUAUCGCUGGGCUCCUCCACUCGGUCACCCUCCUUGCCCACCUGACCGGGGACACCAUGGCUUACGUGAGCACCACCUGCCUUCGAGCCCCGCCAGAACCCGCCGACCUGCUGACCGAGGCCAGCAAACAGUUUGGCAAAGAAACCCUCCUCUACUUGGCUUUCCUGGAGGAGGAAGGAACGCGGGAGAACGACGGCUCCGCCAUGAGGAGCUGCCUUACCAAGAUCUCCGCCAUUGCCGAGGAGCUCCUGCCCAGAGGCCUGGACAUCAAACAGGAGGAGCUGGGGGACCUGGUGGACAAGGAGAUGGCUGCCACGUCAGCUGCCAUCGAAACUGCUACGGCCAGAAUCGAGGAGAUGCUCAGCAAAUCCCGAGCUGGAGACACAGGAGUCAAAUUGGAGGUGAACGAAAGGAUCCUUGGUUCCUGUACAAACCUGAUGCAAGCUAUUCAGGUCUUGAUCGUGGCCUCGAAGGACCUCCAGAGAGAGAUAGUGGAGAGUGGCCGGGGCACGGCCUCCCCGAAAGAGUUUUAUGCCAAGAAUUCUCGAUGGACGGAAGGACUCAUCUCUGCUUCUAAAGCCGUGGGCUGGGGAGCGACCGUCAUGGUGGAUGCAGCCGAUCUGGUGGUGCAAGGCAGAGGGAAGUUUGAGGAACUGAUGGUGUGUUCUCAUGAAAUCGCUGCGAGCACGGCCCAGCUUGUGGCCGCCUCUAAGGUGAAGGCUGACAAGGACAGUCCAAACCUGGCCCAGCUGCAGCAGGCCUCCCGGGGCGUGAACCAGGCCACCGCCACCGUUGUGGCCUCCACCAUUUCGGGCAAAUCACAGAUAGAGGAGACAGACAACAUGGACUUCUCCAGCAUGACACUGACCCAGAUCAAACGCCAGGAGAUGGAUUCCCAGGUCCGGGUGCUAGAGCUGGAGAAUGACCUGCAAAAGGAGCGUCAGAAACUGGGAGAGCUUCGGAAAAAGCACUACGAACUCGCCGGUGUUGCUGAGGGCUGGGAAGAAGGAACAGAAGCCUCUCCACCUGCAUUGCACGAACCGGUCGCUGGAAAAGAAUAGAGCCACACCGACGCCCCACACGUCCGAGUCCUUUUCUGUUUCACCAUCUGCACCAACUCAUGAGCGUCAGAGGGCUGGCGGGGCUCCAAGCCAGGACGCCGCCCUACAUCUGUGCCGACAGAACAGCAGGAGCGUCCUGGCCGAGCACGCCAAGGCAACUGUCCCCUCUCUUGGCAGUCCCAUGGGUUUCCCGCUGCUUCUUAUGGUGGUUGGUUGGGAUUUCCUUUUUUUUCCUUUUUUUGGGGGAUUUCUUCUUCCAGUGUUCCCUCGUAGAGCCACCUCUCCCCAAGGGAGCACCCCUGGCGCUCGGAGCCAUCGGGGGCCCCUACCACAGCAGAUAACAGCAAUGGUGCUGCUCAGGCUUCUCCUUGGUGCUCCACGCCAGCCUCCGUGCUGAGUGUUCCGCUGAGCUAGUCUGGGUCAGACGAGCCCACUGCUAGGCCACACUCUUCCUCCAAAGGCAGAAGGAGAGCCUCCCUCAAGCGAGAGAGCCCAGAGAAGCCUCUGCCCACCUUCCCGGGUGACAGGGGUGAAGAACGCGGGAAAGGAAGGAGGGUGCAUGCGGCCCAGGCCUCAGGAGACCCCUGCUUUGGGAACUUUUGGUGACCAGACUGAAAAACCUUAUCCCGUGCUUUGAGCGUGCUGGUGAGAGUAGCCACACUUGUUCCCCCGGAAAGAAUUUUCCGUGCCACCUCCCUUCAGACCCGGGCGGGACCCUGAGAGGAGUGCGUGAGGGCUUUUCCAACUGGCCGCCUGGACAUCCUCUUGAACCUGAAGAAGAUAGUUCCACGUUCUACCUAAGGGAAGAUCAGGCAAACUUUCUCCCGGCAGGAAAGGACCCUGUGCUUGGUUUGGUACCUUUAAUAUUUAUUACUAACCUCCGUUCGGCAAUGGCAGCAGCCUCCAGAGAGACGCUUUGAGCAAUCAGGAUUUGAGGUGUGGUGAUGGCAGGGCUGCAUGGCUGCCCCAGGUCAUCGGUUUUCAAGAAUCAGACACCAGGCCAAGAUGCUUCCCAGUCUGUUACUGACCUGGGCCCUGAGGCCAGCGGGUUCCUCAGAGCACCUGGGUCAGGGAAACUGAGAAAAGGGGGACCACUGACUCUGAGCCCUUCCCGCCACUCGACCUGGGCCCGUGCUGCCCAGACAGGAUGAGGACAGAAGACGCGUUAACAACUUCCCAGAGGUGGACAGCCUGACAGCACUCGUCAACCUCCAGACAGACCCCAACAUUUAAGUGACCUUCCGAUCUCGGACAGUGUCUUCCUUCCUUAUCUGUAGCAACUCUUAGGUAGAAGCCAACAAGCACUUCCCAGGACCUGUCCCAAAGGAACAUUGCUAAGUGUUGCUACGUGACAGGUGGCGAGGUUCCUGUUUGAUCACUGUGAAUCAACCCUCGUCCUUCCCCCAUCUCCCACCCCUCCCUCUCUGUGAGUUUUCUAAGUAGGCCACUCAAAAACCAGUCUCCCAUUAGCUCGGAUUCCAAGACUCAGACAGGCGAUCUCCACAUUGGGCUAAUAAAGAGGGGUCAACAGCAAAUGAGCCGUCUUAUGCUUAAUACUUCUUUGCGCUCGGCAUUUUUCCAUCCGAGGCUCAGAAGAAGUGUGGGGGGCCCCUGGCCCAGUUGUACCAAUGAAGCCAGUCAGUGUGUUCUCAGAGUGGAUCAGCAUUUCCACAGCGGACUGGUCCUCCCUUCCAGAAUCUCGGCCGAACUGCUGUGCCCUGAAUUACCCAUGGUGAAAAAAAUCUGCUGUAUCGGGCUACUCUGGGAUGCUCCAAAUAACGCUUCCUCCAAAAAGAAGCCACAGUGAUUGUUAAAACCUUGGUGGACUUAGCCGGAGUAGUAAGACAGGGAAGAAAGCACCAGACGUAUCCUUCAGAUGUGGCAUAAUUACGUUUGUCCUCACUCGCCUUAGGAGUUGGCUCGUCUUCUAGCCAAAAUCCAAUUGUCCUACCUUGGCUUUUCUAAAAAACGAGGGUGUUUAUACUUGGUGUGAAAUACUUGAUUCAAACGGGGAUGACCUCCUCAGGCUAAAAAUGAACAUCACAGCCUUUUAAAGUCACCACUGAGCUUCAUGAGUGACUGAAGUCCUGUGGAUCCGUGUAAUUGGGUCACACAGCAAGGCAGAACAACGAAAGAAUGGCUUAGGACUGACAAGAGAUCAAAAGACAGCCAUAUCCCUUAUUUAAUUUUGUAAUACAGUUGCUCUGAUAUCCCUAGAGUAAGGAUAUGUGUGUACAUAAUAAGAAAAAAAAAUAGAAAAGACCUGCCUUUUGUGGGGUUCUUUUAUAUCUGAGUCAGAGGAGUUUAAAUUAGACUGUAAUUUAGAUUGUUGGCUUGUUCUGCUGCUGACAGCAGGAUCCCUAGGGUCCCACCUGAAUAUGAGUCCCUAAUCCAGUGUCCAGAACGUCCAGAGCGUUGGAAGUGUUUGAGCUGCCAAGUCAACAUCAGGGUUAACCGGGUACCAUGGGGGUCACAGUGCAUGUCAUUCGUCCUCAGAUCGGUUUGCUUCGGCCUCUCACCGAGGAGGGGCUGGUCGGUCCUGAGCUUGCACCUGGGAAAUGCUCACUUCUCGGCCAGCUCCUUAGUCUGGAAGGGUGUCCUGGCUCCACUUACCCUGGUCUUUAGCCACCGGUCAAGUUCUCGCUACCUUCUACCACCUUUGCAAGCCUCUGGAAAUCCUUCCACCAAUGAAAGCCUUCGAUCCCGGCAUUGGCCUUUCAGCCAGACGGCUCUGCUCUGUCUCCGCUGUCCUCGGUCCCCCGGAGACCGUGCCAUCUGUAGCCUAGGCAACCACCACCAUGGGCCUGCCAGCCUUCGCCACAGCAAACCGAGCCGGCUGCCUGCUGCUCACAUCCCCUUUGUCUCCCAAGGUCAGACCAAAUGCAGGAUCAGCAACCCACAGCGGUGGCACAGGCUCUCGCCCCCAGGAGCCAAAGCAAUGGGAAAUCAUGGGUUAGAUGCCGUUGGGUCCGAUUCUGAGAGUAGACCAUUUUCCAGACAUGUCUUUCAGGUGACCCUCAACUACCUCAGUUGGAAGGCCCCAAAUGAAGCUGAUUACUACUAGGGACAAACCGAGGGGGUUCCGAUAAAUCUUGCUGGUAACUUAUAACAAACUCUCACAUUUAGGUUCGCAGGGAUAGGUUGGGUUUGUUCUUCUUCUGUUCUGUUUUUUAACUUUUUCCCCUAAUUUUCCAUUAGAAUAGUUCCUAGAAAUGGAUUUCAUUUUUCACCGAGUGCCUACCUUCCCAGGGCAGGUAGCCACUGGCUUUUCUUCCCUUCCAACAGUACUUUUAUUAUGAUAUUAAGACCUUUCUUUGUAUAAUACAUUGCAUCUGUGUUUUCAAUUUUUCAAAUAAAUACUUCAACCUGGC